CACAUAUUUAGACACAUUUUUUUGCAAGGCCAUCGGAUUGCCAAACACCCUAUCGCAUUGGAGGUACCGCACCGUACUAAACUACUAUACACACUCACGUAUCACCACUACCCCUUCCAAUAGUCUCAAAUUCAAAAUUUCGAUCAAGAUGCAUACCCGGACCAUCGUCGCGUUGAUGAGUACCGCUAUUGCGGUAGGUAUCGUCGCCGCUCAAACUCCCGUCUGGAGUGAAGAAUUCAAUGGCGAUAGUCUCGAUACCAACGUUUGGUCGUACGAUUUGGGUGCCGGUGGAUGGGGCAACGGUGAACUCCAAACCUACCGCGAAGAAAACGCCGUCGUCCGGGACGGCAACCUGUUGAUUACGGUACAACGCGAAGGCAGUGGAGGCUUUUCGUCGGCACGCAUCAAAACCGAAAACAAGCUCUCGUUCAAGUACGGAAUCGUGCAAGCCAAUAUUUCCGCUCCGGAUGUGAUCGCCGGGCUCUGGCCAGCCUUUUGGACCAUGGGCAACGACUUUGCCCAAGUUGGAUGGCCCGCGGCGGGAGAAUUGGACAUUAUGGAAAUCGGACAAGGCCUCGGCAUUGCGGAAGGAGUCGGCAACAAACGUCUCGUUUCGGCCGCGCACUGGGAAUUCAACGAAACACGUGCAACCUACGCUCGCACGUUUGAUCACCCGACCGAUCUCAACGGAACCUACCACGUUUAUAAGAUGGACUGGACUCCCACGCGUAUUAGUACGUACGUGGACGAUUUCAUGAUUUGGGACAUGCUCAUUGAUCCGGAAAACUGUGUCGAUUGUGAGGAACUCCACAGUCCACACUUUUUCUUGUUAAACGUUGCGGUGGGUGGAGGUUUCACUUCGGGCAGUUCUUCCAGCAGCUCGGGGGGAAGCAGUGGCAUCGGUAGUUCCAGCAGCGGCGUUGGUAGUUCCGGAUGUGGCGGCUCUUCGGGAUCCUCGGGAGUUAAUGCAUGCGGAGGCCUUUUGACUCCCGAAGGGAUUACGGCUCCUCUUCCCGGUACCAUGGCGGUGGACUUUAUCCGCAUCUUUGGGAACGACUUUACCGAAAUCAACGUACCGGUACAAACGGCAUCCAGCGAUAGCCCAACCACCACACCAGUUUCGUCACCCACCAUGGCCCCCCAAACCGGUAGCCCUACCACCGCACCAGUUCCAGCCGCAACGUCCACCAAAAGUCCCUCGGCGGAACCGGUCGUCGCCGCCUCCACCAAGGCCCCUUCAGCUUUACCGGUCGCAAAGAGCUCCACGGACGCUCCGACCCGGGCCCCCGUAGAGAGGUUGCCCACCAGUAGCAAGAGCGGAAAGGGUAGCAGCUCCAAAUCGGGUGGAAAGAGUAAAAGCUCCAAGUCGGGCGGAAAGAGUAGCAGCUCCAAGUCGGGCGGAAAGAGUAGCAGCUCCAAGUCGGGCGGAAAGAGUAGCAGCUCCAAGUCCGGUGGAACGGGUAGCACUGAAUCUUCCAGCGAUUCGGAGUCCCACCACCUCGGCAACGCGAUCCGAAAACGUGUUCUCCAGUGCCCAGUCGGCGUCGGUUAGCGCGGCACUGCUGGUGGCAUCUGUAGCUUGGGCAUUCCUUUUGUAACGAAGUCGUUUUUGUUUUUACGUAUACAUUCCAACAGGUUGUAGCAAUGAUAGAUUAGUCAAGUAUUUUGAUUAGUUACCAUAUUCCCGUACU